AUGCCGCGCUCCUUCCUGGUAAAGAAGAUCAAAGGGGACGGCUUCCAGUGCAGCGGGGUGCCGGCCCCCACCUACCACCCCUUGGAGACCGCCUACGUGCUGCCUGGCGCCCGGGGGCCGCCCGGGGACAACGGUUACGCCCCGCACUGCCUGUCCCCCAGCAGCUACGAUGCGGACCAGAAGCCGGGCCUGGAGCUGGCGCCUGCCGAGCCCGCCUACCCGCCGGCGGCGCCGGAGGAGUACAGCGACCCCGAGAGCCCGCAGUCCAGCCUGUCGGCGCGCUACUUCCGCGGGGAGGCGGCCGUGACCGACAGCUACUCCAUGGACGCCUUCUUCAUCUCGGACGGGCGCUCGCGGCGGCGGCGCGGCGGGGGCGGCGGGGACGCGGGCGGCGCGGGGGACACGUACGCCACGUCGUCGAACCUGAGCCGCCACAAGCAGACGCACCGCAGCCUGGACAGCCAGCUGGCGCGCAAGUGCCCGACGUGCGGCAAGGCGUACGUGUCCAUGCCCGCGCUGGCCAUGCACGUGCUCACGCACAACCUGCGCCACAAGUGCGGCGUGUGCGGCAAGGCCUUCUCGCGGCCCUGGCUGCUGCAGGGCCACAUGCGCUCGCACACGGGCGAGAAGCCGUUCGGCUGCGCGCACUGCGGCAAGGCCUUCGCCGACCGCUCCAACCUGCGCGCGCACAUGCAGACGCACUCGGCCUUCAAGCACUACCGCUGCCGCCAGUGCGACAAGAGCUUCGCGCUCAAGUCCUACCUCCACAAGCACUGCGAGGCCGCCUGCGUCAAGGGGGCCGAGCCGCCCCCGCCGCCCCCCGCCGGCCCCGCCAGUUGA